UGGGCUGGGCGGAGCGGGGCGCAGUGCGGCGGCGAGAUGGCGGCGGCGGGUGCUGAGAAUGAGCCGGACCCCUCGCAGCGCAUGGGAGGCACCUCUUCGGAUCAGAUCCUGCAGACAGGAACAGUUCUUCUCAAAGGCUUCAUUAUGGACCGAGUGCAGAGCUGUGGAGACUCCGAGCGCAUUGAGGUGGCCAUGGUAGAGCUCGGAGGCUCAGAGCCGCAGGGUUGUGACCCCAGCACCAAGCAACUGAGUGAGUGCCUGCGCCGGAUCGGGGAUGAGCUGGAUGGAAACAUAGAGCUGCAGAGGAUGAUAGAACAAGUUCAGAUGUAUCCCCCCAAGGAAGUUUUCUUCCGAGUGGCUGCUGAGAUGUUCUCAGACGGCACCUUCAACUGGGGCCGUGUAGUAGCUUUGUUCUACUUUGCUUGCAAGUUGAUUCUAAAAGCAGUUUGCACUAAAUUACCAGAGCUCAUAAGAACCAUCAUCAGCUGGACAAUGGAAUACAUCCAACUUCAUGUCCUGAGUUGGAUCCAAGCCCAAGGUGGAUGGGAAGGCCUCCUGUCCUAUUUUGGCACCCCCACCUGGCAAACUAUUGCUGUAUUUGCCGCUGGCAUUUUGACUGCCUCAUUGACCUUCUGGAAAAUGUCUUAAUCCACAGCCCCCUCCGGAGGGGGGCAUUUUCAUUGUGGGAGCAAAUGGGGGGCAGGUCCCCUAUUUUCUAAUGGAGAAAGAAAAUGUACUGGGAUUGCUUUUCAGUUAUGGGCUGUGGAAUCUUUAAAACAAAAACAAAUGCUGUUGCUUAUUAUCUUGGUGCCUUUAAAAAAAGCGCACACCUCCUUCUUCCAAGGACUCUGUACUGUUUGGCUUUGCUCUUGUGUCUCUGUGCCUCUUGGGAUUAGAGGUAUGGGGAUGUGAAGGUUGCCUAGGCUUUGGAAGGAUGAUGGCAAACAAGAUGAAGGAUAUGAAUUGUUUAUUUCUGUUUGUCAGAAGGUCUCUUAACUGUAUACAAAUGCAGCAGUGUUUUCUCGAAGAAGACUCCUUCCCCUGCCAACAACUUGUCAAGCUUCCUCAAAUGAGAUGGUUUCAAAUGGAUUCAUUCAAGCAAGUUUUGUUGAUUUUUUAAAAUCUUCCCCUCCCUUUCUUGGAUGGCAAAUCUCAAAAGCUAAAUUUGGACAGAUCUCUGGAAAUGUGGAUCCAGAAUUCCUCAGGAGACAACCAGGUUCUCUUCCCAAGAACUUGAGAGAGAUGUCUGAGGUGAUGAUAACAGUUUGGAUUUCAGAUGAUGAAUCUUUUUUUCUUUUAGCAGAUCACUGAUCUGUACAAGAUUGAACACUGCUGAGGAGCUGAAAGUUAAACAGAUCCUCUACAGCAACUAAUGUGUGUUUGGUUUUGGCUUUUUUGAAAGCUAUACAUUUUGGAUCUGGUAGAACCAAAUAUGGGUUCAUUUGGUUUUCUAGAGGAAUGCUGGGGAGGGUGAAGUUAAAGGUGUUCAUAUUUCUUGAGUCUUUCCCAAGUCAAGAAAGCAUCGGAAUGGCUAAAGAGUUUCAUACAAAGUAGAACAGAAGAACUUGCACGAGGCUAGAAAGUUCCUGGCCUGCAGAGGGAAUCUACCUGCUUUGGUUUGGUUUGGUUUGAUGGGGAAAAAGCCUUUCAGCUGCCUUGAGGGCCUUGCUGAUUUAAAAAGUAAAGAAAUGGGAAUGAGGGAGUAUGUGUGAAUUUCUCUCUCUCAUCUCCUGAUUGGCCUCUUCAUUGCCUUCCUGUAUUUUGCUGGAUUAAUUGUUGUGCAGGUGAUUCUCUGGUCUUUUGCCUCAGCAAGAGAGACAACAAGCACCAAACAAUUCCGGAAAAAAUGCCUUUCUGUACUGUGUCCCAGUGCAGAAUAAAUAAUUACAUCCGUGAUGGGAAGUCGUUGGGGUGCUGGUGCGCUUCCCGAUGGGGCUCUUUUUCUUCCUGCUCUGCCCCUUCUUCCCCUUCCUGGUGCAUGCAGUGAGGAGGUGCCGCAUCUCCAUUUGUGGCAAGGUACCGAAUCCAGCAUCUGUCACAUUCACAUGUGCACCCUCAAACCUGUAUUGCCAUACUGUGUGUGUGGUUCUCUUUCACACAGACUGAUGCUUACAAACUGUUUCUUAUUCCUAAGGGAGCAAGUCUCUCUUCCUUUGUUGCCUGGGACUGCUGCCUCUCCUCUUCAUUUGCCUCUCCUCCAGCACAGCCUUCUGAUGCUGACUAUCAAAAUGCUUUCUUGUAUAAUUAUUGAUCAGGGUCUCCCUUGGCAUUCCAAGGGACACGGUUCAGGAAGUGAUGGGGAGGGGUGUCCCACAAAGUUCUGGAGGAUUGGCUAGCUGAGUGAGUGGAAAUCACACAGGCCUUGCAAAGAAAGCAAGAGUAUUGAAACUAUUGAGGCAUAUCAGAUGGAUUGUGGGGUGGCAGCUGAUUUGUUCUGUAGCCAGCCAAAUCCAGCUUUCAGUUUUCCCAUCCUGUAGUAAUGGUUGCAUCUUUUCCUGCUGUCUUUUGUGGCUGUCAGAGAAGAGAUGUGUUUGUGCGCCUCUGCCUUUUUUUUUUUUGGUAAGGAACCACUUUACCUGGGACAGGUAGUGCUUGAUCCUCACCAGCGCUAUGCUAAGGGUUUGUUUAAUAUGUGAAAAUUAUCUAGUCCAGGAAAGAAGUUUCUCCCUGACUGAGCAGCACAUGGUUCUGGGAGCCGAUCUCGGAAAUUGGGUAGUUGGAGGAGAAGAACAGAGAAUGGCUCGCAAGAGGAUCAGUGCUGGAGAAUGGGAAUAGGAUAAAAGAACAUGUUGGUAGCAGGGCCCUCUCGGUUGCCCAGGAAUGAAGCUUGGCUUUCCCUCCUGGCUGAUGGAGUCUUAGAAAAAAGGCGCAUCUACACUAUCUCUUGCUAAACUUGCUGAUCCAUCUGUAAAAAAAAAAAUCCUGGUGUGCCAGUUUAGUUCUUUCCCGCAGCACAUCUGAUCAGAUCAGGAGUCAAUAUCUGGAAGACCCCUGUCCAAACCUUACCUUCCUUUAUAGGUGACCCUGAUCCUUCUGUUCAUCUAGACAAAUUGGUUCAGCCUGAUUUUCUGUUAGGAACCUGUGGGUGGGAAGGUGGGACAUAUGGUUUGGGGACAGAGACUCAGUGAAGUCUGGGCGAGUUGAUAAGAACCAAUUGUACUUGAAUAAUUAUAUUAGGGAGGGAUUUUGUUACCUCAGGGGUUGGGUUAAAGCAGACUUCCCCAGCUCGGUGCCUUCCAGAUUAGCUAGGCUGAUGAGAGAUGAUGGGGGUUGUAGUCUC